UGGAUUUCAUCUGUGUGCGGUUCACUUUUCACAGACCUGAGGGGCUGAACAGCAUCCGGCAAUAUGACUCUAUGGGCUUAACAAACUUUCUAUUCUUUUUGAUCUGGCCAUUUAACAGGUUAAUCGACGCUGCGUCUUUAAAAGCAUAGGACUGUGAUAAGGAAUAUAUUCGGAGCUGUUUUUGAUUUACUAAAGAUGUCUAUAUUACCUUUCACGCCUCCGAUUGUAAAGAGACUGUUGGGCUGGAAGAAGGGCGAACAGAACGGACAGGAGGAGAAAUGGUGUGAGAAGGCAGUGAAGAGUCUGGUGAAGAAGUUAAAGAAGACAGGACAGCUGGAGGAGUUGGAGAAGGCCAUCACCACCCAGAAUAUUAACACCAAAUGCAUCACUAUACCGAGGUCUCUGGAUGGCCGAUUGCAGGUAUCUCACAGAAAAGGCCUUCCCCAUGUGAUCUACUGCCGGCUGUGGCGCUGGCCUGACCUGCAGUCUCACCACGAGCUGCGUGCUGUAGACUUGUGCGAGUUUGCCUUCCACAUGAAGAAGGACGAGGUGUGUGUGAACCCUUACCACUACCAGCGUGUAGAGACACCAGUUUUGCCUCCAGUCCUGGUUCCUCGGCAUGCCGACAUCCCCACAGAUUUCCCUCCGCUGGAUGAUUUCAUCCCCGAGAACACCAUAUUCCCAGCGGGCAUUGAGCCUCCGAGCAACUAUAUACCGGAAACCCCUCCUCCAGGCUACCUAAGUGAGGAUGGGGAAACCAGCGACCACCAGAUGAACCACAGCAUGGACACAGGCUCCCCAAACCUUUCACCCAACCCUGUCUCUCCUGCAAACAACAACCUAGAUCUGCAGCCGGUAACAUAUUGUGAAUCCGCAUUUUGGUGCUCGAUUUCCUACUACGAGCUGAAUCAGCGUGUGGGUGAGACUUUCCACGCCUCGCAACCGUCUCUGACCGUAGACGGCUUUACGGACCCCUCUAAUGCAGAGCGCUUCUGUCUGGGCCUGCUAUCCAACGUCAAUCGCAAUGCAGCUGUGGAGCUGACGCGUAGACACAUUGGCCGAGGUGUGCGUUUGUAUUACAUCGGCGGUGAGGUGUUUGCUGAAUGUCUGAGCGACAGUGCUAUUUUCGUCCAGAGUCCGAACUGUAACCAGCGGUAUGGCUGGCACCCCGCCACAGUAUGUAAGAUACCUCCAGGCUGUAAUCUGAAGAUCUUCAAUAAUCAGGAGUUUGCAGCUCUGUUGGCCCAAUCUGUGAAUCAGGGGUUCGAAGCUGUUUACCAGCUGACCCGCAUGUGCACCAUUCGCAUGAGUUUCGUCAAAGGCUGGGGGGCAGAAUACAGGCGGCAGACAGUGACCAGCACCCCCUGCUGGAUAGAGCUGCAUCUCAACGGCCCCCUGCAGUGGCUGGACAAGGUGCUCACUCAGAUGGGCUCUCCGAACCUCCGCUGCUCCAGCGUGUCAUAGGACAAACCCUCAGCCCGUUUCAUAUAACCAUACUCUUCUAAUGACAUCCUCUACUGCUGCUGAAUGCCAAGCAAACAAACCUAUCAAAACCAAGGACGGGGGAGACAAACACCUGCUGGACUCCUCAGAGUGUCACUUUAUCAUUUACAGAUCCUAAUACUUUGCUGUGGGCAAAAAUAGACACGUACAGUUGAAGCACUUUGAACAAUGACACUCACGGAGCGUGGAUGAGUUUAAAAAUGAGGUAUUUUCCUCAUUGUGAAUUUAAAUGUGAUCAUGAAAUUUUUUGUUUUGAUCUGAAGGUAUUAGAAUCAUGGGCUCGGAAUAUGAUUGAUUAAAUCAUAGACAUCCUCAUAAGGGGGCCUCAAAGUUUCCACCACCUUCAGUGAAGGGUCUUGUGUGAACUUUUACAAUAUGUUAGCCUGAAGCUACUGCUUCUGAAAGCUGUUUGUGUGUAGCUGUGCUCAAGUAAAUUGCACUGCGCUGGACAGGUCAAUAUACAACGCGACUGCCGUUGGUCCCAUAUGCACGGUCGACUGGGUUUGUAUACACUACCAGUCAAAAGUUUUUGAACAGUAAGAUUUUUAAUGUUUUUAAAGAAGUCUCUUCUGCUCUCCAAGCCUCAGUUUAUUUGAUCCAAAAUACAGCAAAAGCAGCAAUAAUGUGAAAUAUUUUUACUAUUUAAAAUAACUGCUUUCUAUUUUAAUAUAUUUUAAAAUGUAAUUUAUUCCUGUGUUCAAAGCUAAAUUUUCAGCAUCAUUACUUCAGUCUUCAGUGUCACAUGAUCCUUCAGAAAUCAUUCUAAUGCUGAUUUGCUGUUCAAGAAACUUUUUUUUAAUCAAUAUUUAAAACAGCUGAGUAUUUUUUUUUUUUU